UUCAUCCAUUCAAUCAAACAUGUUGACCAAGAUUUUGUGCGUUUUUUCUUUGGUGGCUCUUGCCAGUGCUGGACUUUACAGCCCACACGCCUACUCUAAUGUAGCUCACACCGCCCCAGUUUUGACCCAUGCCGCCCCAGUAUUGGCCCAUGCUCACCACGAUGUUGACUACUACGCACACCCCAAAUACGAGUACAGCUACGGAGUCCAAGAUGCCCACACCGGUGACCACAAAUCUCAACACGAAGAACGUGAUGGCGAUGUUGUCAAGGGUUAUUACACCGUUGCCGAACCCGAUGGUACCCUCAGAACCGUCCACUACACCGCCGAUGAUCACAACGGUUUCAAUGCGAUUGUAGCUCUCGCAGCCAUUGUUGCUUGCUCCCAUGCUGGUAUUAUCGGGGGGCAUGGUGGAUAUGGUGGUUAUGGGGCAUACGUUUCUGCCCCAAUUGCCUACUCCGCCCCUUUGAUUAAAGCCGCCCCCGUAGUCGCUGUAGCCGCCCCUGUGGUCAAAACUUCCGUCGAUUAUUAUGCUCAUCCAAAAUACGAAUUCAACUACGGAGUAGCCGAUGCCCACACCGGCGACCACAAAUCCCAACACGAAGUACGUGACGGCGAUGUUGUCAAAGGCUCUUACACCGUUGCCGAACCAGACGGCACCCUCAGAACCGUCCACUACACCGCCGAUGACCACAACGGUUUCAACGCAGUGGUCACAAGAACAGGACACGCUGUGCACCCUGUAGCCAUCAAAACCGUUGCCGUGGCUCCAAUCGCUUUGGGUCAUGGUCACGGUUACCAUUAA